AUGCCUCACUUUACAUUAACAUUUGCAAACAACAUAAUCAGAUCAAUAUCUUUAUCAUCGCCUGAUUCCCCUGUGAGUGUUUACUCACCCCAAUUUCAAUUAUCUCGCGAUUCAACCGGGCUUUCGAGGUCACUUUUCACGAGUGACAGUGAAACCGCCAGCACUGUGUCUAGCAACGAGCAAAUCCCCCUCCCCGUGCCAAUUGAAACACGAACAGCAGAGCUGCCUGAUAUAGUAGAACUGUCAGGGCCUGCUGAACAGUCUGCACCGCAGCCCGGACAAUCAGCUAUUGCGCAGCCACUUGAACUUCCUCCUCCUGGUGUCUUACCAACAGACUUACCAGCGGACCAAAACCCGCGGACACAUCUGAGUACGCCCCAGCCUGCUGAUAACACUCCCCAGACUAUCACCAGUGGUACACUUGGAAACCCAUCCAAGACAGGCUACCUACAACACGAAUUACCAGCUUACCAGACAUCCAUGGCUCGUACACCCACGAAGAACAAAAUGGUUAAGGGUAACAAUGCUGGCAAUGCCACUGAUGACUCGGCUGCGAAGAAGCAACGCAUUCAAGACGCCCAAGCACUUGCGCAACAGGUUAAGUACAACCCUUUCACUAUGCUUCCAAACAAGUGGAAGGAAAACGUGGAUCUCACAACCAUCACAAUUAGGAAAGCACCACCUGCUAUUCCAAAAUUUGACGAGCCAGCUAUACCCAUGCAAAUAGUCGGUUUUAUUACGGACCACCCGCACUCAUACUCAGAACCAAGGGACUGUUUUGUACGCCUUGCACACUCUCCAGCAUACAUCAAAUUCAAAGCCAUCAGCCCCUGGUAUGAGAUAUGUGACUCUUCCGGUCAGACCAUGCCAAUAACUGAAUGCCACCUGCUGCCCAACUGGCGAGAAGAUUUGGAUCGACUGAAAGCGGCUAAAGAACAAUUCAUCCAAAUGCUGCAUUUACUCGGCAAGGCCAAUGACGAGUACAACAGCAAGAUGGUGAGCUACAGAGCUGAGUAUAUCAAUGACAUCCAUGCCAGUAUAGUAGUCAUACCAAUGCAAGAGAACGAGAGCAUGGGGAAUUAUCCAAUACUGCAAGCCAUCGCCUCCUUAGAAGAGGAACCAUCAUUAGAGGACUAUGAAUCGGCCUUGGAAAUCGAUGAUCCAGAGGAUGAUCUUUUCGUUAUCGAGCCAGAGGAUGAUCUUUUCGUUAUUGAGCCAGAGGAUGAUCCAGACCCGUCCAAUACAACAAUAGAGCAUAGCAUUGAUGGUCACACGGUUGGGAAAGAAUACUCGAGGUAA